GUCUCCUGAAGUAAAUUAGUAAACUGAAAGUUUGAUUAAUGGCUUUCAUUUGUCUCCGUGACUGCCGACUUCUCAAACAGCGUGCGGCUCUCAAGCAGCGUUGCAGUGCACGCUCCUGCCACCAUCUCCUCCUCCUCCUCCUCCUCCCCCUCCCUAUAAAACGCCCUGAGAGAUCCAGAUGUCAUUCAUCAACACAAGCUAGCCCCGUCGGUUUUGUUUUCUGUGGCGGCCGCCUCUGUUUGGCUUCAGUCGAUGAAGAUGAGGAGCGGAGGAAAAGUGCCGUCGCAGCGCGGAGGGAUCAGCAAAGUUCUGCGGGAGCAGAAGGCGAGGCUUUACAUCAUCCGCCGCUGCGUCGUCAUGCUCCUCUGCUGGCACGAUUGAUUGACCCCCCUCUUUCUUUUCUUCUUCCUGUUUUUUGGAGUUCAGUUUCCCUUUUUUUGGCUUGUAAAGAGAUUUUUGGAUCCUUUUUUCUUGCCCGCCGGAAUGCAGGCAAGAAUCUAACACAUAUAACGUACUGAAAGA